UCCAACAGCUAAAAUUAUCAGCCUGUCAGCUACUACUAAACUCCAAACAUAUCCACAAUUUUUCUCCUUCCUUCAACAUGUAACUUCAUCGCAGCUCGCAGAUCAUUACAAGUUCUUUACAAACCAAAUUCAAAAUUCAGAUAUGUCUAGGUGCUGGAAUUGUAGGAACUCGUCGCAUCCCAGCACGGUUAGUAUGUCUGUAAGAAGGGCUUUGUCGUCUGAAACUUUGUCGCAUGAUUUGAUAGUUAAGGUCAUAGCAGUCACGGCUGCAAGUACUCUACUUGUGGCAAGUGUCAUCUUCUAUUUUGUUUACAGAUACGCCAUGGCUAGAGAACACCGAAAGAAUAUAUACGGGUCAAGAAGCGUAGAAGAUCAUAAGGUUUCUCAGGAAGACAGAGCUCUGAAAAGGUGGGAUAUCAGAGAUGAUAGUAAUGAUGUAGUUUUCUUGCAGAAACUUGAAAGUGGGCAACUAGACUCUUUUUCUACAAUUUCCUUUAACAAAUCCAAAUCAGAAGAGAAAAGUUUCGAUAGUAGAAGACAUGGAAUAAAAUCGCUUGAACAAAACAAGGGAACUCCAUCUGGUCGAAAAAUUACAAACAUGACAGACUCUGAACAAUCCCUGAGUUUUCACUCUCAGCCCAUGCUUUCCAAUGUGGUUUUCGUAAAGCAAUCCACACCCCCUCCACCUCCACCACCACCACCACCACCACCUAUUCUUCCGAAGAAAUUUCCAGUGCCACCGAUACCACAACUGCCUGCAAGAAGGAAGCCUCCAGCACCACCACUUUCACGGCUGCGUCCAGAUCCUACAUCCUUCAAGCUUCUUAAUGACCCAAAAGGAAAAACAAGCAGCACUAGGACAGAAGCUUCAGAGAAAAGCUCGAAGGGAAACACUGAAGUCCAGAUGAAAAUGAAGCCACUCUACUGGGAUAAGGUUACUGCUAAUGUUGAUCAUUCGGUGGUUUGGAAUGAGAUCAAUGCAGGAUCAUUAAGAUUUGAUGACAAACUAAUUGAAGCUUUGUUUGGAUACAAUGCCUCUACCCAAAAACCACCAGAAACAAAAAACACCUCUUCAACUUCAGCCAAAUGCAGUUCAGUGAGACCUGCUCAAGUUUUCAUCCUCGAUCCUCGGAGGUCACAGAACACCGCAAUUAUACUGAAAUCUCUUGGUAGUUCUUGCAAGGAGAUCCAAGAUGCCAUCUUAGACGGCCAAGGACUAGAUACUGAUACCUUGGAGAAGCUAGCAAAAAUUUCUCCAACUGAAGAUGAAACAGAAAAAAUCCUCCAAUUCAGUGGAAAUCAUAUCAACCUUGCGUAUGCAGAGUCAUUUCUCUAUGAAUUAUUAAAAUGCAUUCCCUCUGCAUUUAUCCGCAUUAAUGCCAUGCUCUUCAGAUCAAACUAUGACCAGGAGAUCUUGCAUCUCAAGGAGGCGUUACAGACCCUUGAAUAUGGAUGCAAGGAAUUAAGAGCUCGAGGCGUUUUCUUAAAACUUCUUGAAGCCAUUCUCAGAGCUGGCAAUCACAUGAACGCUGGCACCGCUAGAGGAAAUGCCAAAGGCUUCAACCUUACUGCUUUACAAAAGACUUCCUAUAUCAAAAGUACGAAUGGGAAGAUUACUCUACUUCAAUUUGUAGUGGAACAGAUCGCGCUAGCUGAGGGUAAACGUUGUGUUCAGAAUAGAAAACGCGACUGUGAAAGCAGCAACCAGGAUCCGAACAGCCACACUGAUAGCGAAUAUAGUGAGAAAGAAAUCCUUCAGCUGGGACUAUCAAUUUUAGGAGACUUAAACACUGAGUAUUCUAAUGUCAAGAAAGCUGCAACUAUAAACCAUGACGUCCUUGUGAAUCAGUGCUCAAGUCUUACAUUUUGUGUUAGUGAGAUCAAGCAGCUUAUAAAUCAAUGUAGCAUCGACAAAAGAGGCAAUUAUGUGAAUGACAUGAAGAGCUUUAUAGAAGGAUGUGAAGACGAGCUUCGGAUAGUAAGAGAGGAACAAACAAGAGUUAUGCAACUGGUGAAGAGAACAACUGAAUUUUACCAAGCAGGAGCCAGUAAUGAGAAACAGGGGCACCCACUUCAAAUAUUUAUCUUGGUGAGGGAUUUUCUGGACAUGGUUGACCAGGCUUGCACCGAUACAGCAAGAAAACAUCAGAGGAGUGCGAAGACUGUACAAUCAUCACCACGAAUGCCUUCACCAUCAAUAAUGGCUGAGGUGAUGUUCCAGAACUUGCAAACAUAUGCUACAACAGAUAAGUUGGACUCUAAUUCUUUUACCAACUCAGAGGAGGAUUUCUGAAAUUAUUGUGUCUACUCAGAUCAGAAUAUUAUAAUCUAUACAGCAUUUUUAGAUUUUUCAAGAAAUCUAUACAUGUCUGCAGACUGUAAACAGAAGACAAAAGUACUCUUCACAGUAUUAUGUAACACUGUAACUUAACAAGUCUUCUUUACAAACACUGAUUCAGCUCAAGUGCAUAUGAAUCUGACACAACAUUAUAGUAAAAUCACUUGCUGACAUCAAGCUUU